AUGACCGUCCACUACUUGAACGGCAAAGACUCCGGUCUCUUCAAAUCUCUGACUAUCUCAAAUGGCAACAUUACCCUCGAGCAUCGUGUCGUCCAUGCGCCUUUGACCCGCAACCGGGGAGAACCACUGAAUCCUUCCAGCACCCCGGAUCAUCCCAAUCGUAUUUGGAUACCCGGAGAUGCAGUUGUGGAGUAUUAUUCCCAGCGUGCGACCAAAGGUGGCUUGAUAAUCUCUGAAGGGAUUCCACCCUCACUCGAGAGCAAUGGUAUGCCCGGAGUACCUGGUCUUUUCAAAUCCGAACAAGCCGCGGGUUGGAAACGAGUUGUGAACGCCGUUCAUGCAAAGGGAGGGAUUAUCUUCUGUCAGUUGUGGCACGCCGGGCGUGCUACGAUCCCUCAGAUGACCGGAUCGCCGGCAGUUUGCCCCUCGGCUUCUGUGUGGGAUUCACCGACGGAAUGUUAUUCUCAUCCGCCCGUCGGCUCCACCCAGUCCGUGCCCUACGCCAAUCAUCCGCCCAUCGAAAUGACAGUGGAACACAUCAAGCAGACUAUCGACGAUUAUUGCAUUGCCGCCAAGAUUGCCAUGGAUAUUGGGUUCGAUGGCGUGGAGAUCCAUGGCGGAAAUGGUUACCUGCCAGAGCAAUUUUUGAGCUCAAACAUCAACAAGCGUGAUGAUGCUUACGGCGGUACUCCGGAGAAGCGCUGCCAGUUUGUGUUUGAGUUGAUGGAGCAGGUGGCCAAGACCAUCGGUGAGCAGAAUCUGGCUAUUAGAUUGUCGCCGUUUGGUAUGUUCAAUCAAGCACGUGGGGAACAGCGUAUUGAGACUUGGACUCAUUUGUGUGAGGGUCUGAAGAAGACUCUUCCGUCGCUGUCGUAUGUCAGCUUUAUUGAGCCGCGUUAUGAACAAAUUUUUGGCGCUGACGAGAAGGAUAAGUUCCUCGAAAGCUGGGGCCUGUUGGAUGUGACUCUUGAUCGUUUCCGCCAGAUCUUUGGCUCCACUCCGUUCUUCUCCGCCGGUGGAUGGGAUGACCAAAACUCUUGGGGUGUAGUGGAAUCUGGCAAGUACGACGCUCUGUUGUAUGGCCGGUACUUUACCAGCAACCCGGAUUUAGUGCACAGACUAAAGGAAAAGAUCCCCAUGGCUCCUUAUGACCGAACCCGGUUUUAUGGACCGUUUGAGGACAACACCUUCCAUUAUACUGAUUACCCUACUGUGGAUAAGAAUUAG